AUGCUGCUUGGAGAUUCAGGUGUGGGGAAGACCUGCUUCCUCGUCCAGUUCAAAGAUGGAGCCUUCCUCUCUGGGACCUUCAUAGCUACUGUCGGGAUAGACUUCCGGAACAAGGUGGUAACAGUGGAUGGUGUAAAAGUGAAAUUGCAGAUUUGGGACACUGCUGGUCAGGAAAGGUUCCGGAGUGUAACACAUGCAUACUAUCGUGAUGCACAAGCCCUCCUCCUCCUUUAUGAUAUCACCAGCAAAGUCUCCUUUGACAAUAUUCGGGCUUGGCUCACAGAGAUCCACGAAUAUGCCCAAAAGGAUGUGGUUGUCAUGCUUCUAGGUAAUAAGGCUGAUGUGAGCAGUGAGCGAGUUAUCAGAACAGAAGAUGGGGAAUCAUUAGCUAGGGAAUACAGAGUACCUUUCAUGGAGACUAGUGCCAAGACCGGUAUGAAUGUGGAACUGGCGUUUCUAGCCAUUGCAAAAGAGCUCAAGCAGCGAGCUGUGAAGCAGCUGGAUGAGCCCAGGUUCCAAAUCCAUGACUACAUUGAGUCGGAGAAGAGGCGGACCAGCUGCUGUGCCUUUCUCUGAAGGAAGAGGAUGCUAAGGCAGCCUGCGUUAUCUACCGCCAAAGAGACCAAGGAGCAGAGGGCCACACAGGAGAUGCAGGGAAGGAGAGGAGGUUGGGGGAUCUGCUCCAAAGACAUUACUUUUUAGAGAAUCCUUUUAGAGAUUGUACAUAAGAAGAAUACCAUGUCUGUUGUUGGUUGCCCGUGAGGACAUGAAGGAAGAGUUACGAAUGCAUGUGUGAAAGAUGCGGAGGCAAUCAGGUUUUAUAGUAUUACUCAGGCCUAUCAUUUGCAGGUAGGAGGAAAAGUAUUGCCCAUACCACAGCAAAUCAAGCUUUCUUUUGGCUCCCACACCACUGCCCUGCGCCUUGAAAGAGAGGGUGGGUAAGGAAUAGUUCCAUAACCCACUAGAGAGGGGUUGACCAGGAGCUACACAGAAGGUCUCUUUGCAAAGGCCAUGGGUGGCAUUUGGAUAAAGUGAAAGGGUUAAUUUCAUUACAGUGUUGCCCUUAAAAGCGAUGCUUUGUAUGAUAACUGAAACCAGCAGGAAUAUUCAGCAAAGUAAAAGUAGACAGAUUUCCUUUUGACCUCUGGCCUUUCCUGCUUCUCACACCCAAAGAUCCUGCCAAGAGGGCUGUUUUCCUUCUCCUCCCUUCCUCCCUCUGCCCCAAGGAAAGGGCUACAGGAUCUAAGUGUUUUUCAUCCUGCCUGGAAAGUCAAGAGAAUGCUGCUGACGGGAGUUAGGUGGGGGAGAGACCACUGCAUAUUUUUAUGACCGUCAACAAGGGAAAGUCUUAGAAAGCAGACUGUUUGUUUUGAUGCUGCAAUGAAAGAUCAUUUGGGGAGAGGAGAACUCAGCAUGCUGAAGUGUAACAGGCCAGAAGGCCCUGGCAUCUGCUGUUCAGAUGGACAAGGCUGCUUCUGAGUUUGUUUGCUCAGAAAACAGCUGGGAUGUAUACAUACCGUGAAGUGGUCGCUCCUUGAGUUUUUUUGGUCCCUUCUUACAAGCACAUCUGGGGACUCUUAAGAAGAAGCGAAUCUUUUUAUAAUUAAUAUCAAACACUAGAUCUAAAAAACAACUCUGGGAGGGAGGAUUUAUGUUUGAACUAGGCUCAUUUCUGACACAUAAAUAUCUUUUACAAGCACACACCAUUUUGGGCAGGCUGCGUGUCUCGCCAUCAAUCCCCAGCAGACUUAACCAAGUGCAUUCAAACCAACAGAUGCAAUCCAGGGAGAGCUGCAUGUAUUUGCAGCCCAUCUGUGUGAAGCAUGUUGUCCCCGACUGAAGCAUGUUGUCCCCAGAUAAAAAGACUGCAACUUUGGGUCGCAGUAAGAUUUCUCUAUAGUGAGCUUGCUCUGGAAGGCAUUCAGUAAUUCUUCUGCCCUCUCCUGCAUUCUGCUGCAUCCUUGUCCAUCGGAUUGGCAGGUUAUUGCCAGCUGUCCCCAACAGCUGUUCAAUUAGGACCCAUCUCAACAGGAUUAGUUUGCAGACUUCUUUCCAGAAGGGAGAAAGAUGGGGAGGCCUUCCUCCAGUCAGUAAGGAAGAAAGGGGUAACACGUAAGCAGGUCUGGAUGCCAGGCAGUCGGGGAAAAUGAUUCUGCAGGUGAGGCUAGAACAGUCUGUGACGGGUCAGUAAUGCUUUGGCAUUUGGCUGAAACAGCACAGAGGAAUCUCCAAGACCAAAUGCCAGCUUUGAUCUCCCUGUGGUCAGAUACACAUGCAGCCCAUUUUAACUUGAAUUUCCCUUACAAGUUUAACUUGUCACCUAUCUCACAGCUGAGCUUCCUUUGCCCUGCUUCCUGGAAGUAAGCAACUAAUGGAUUGGGUCUAGAUUGACUGACCUUUGCUCGUCUGGCACAGCAUAGCGGCCCUUUGCUUUUUUUCAAACCUCCUUGUGAGAUUUUUUCUGUUUUAUUUCUACAGUUCCAAAACUUGAGGUUACUCUUACCGAUCAUCCCAAACACAAUGCGAUGUAUUUCCGCCAUGUUUCCUGGAUUCUUAAUCAGCUUGCGUUAGGCAGGAACUAUCUGUAGCCAGCCAUGCUCCUUAUAUAUUAAGGGAGGCAGAUGCAGUCAGCGCUAUGGCAAGACGUGGAAGCCUUAUCUGUGAAAGAGAGCUCUUCCCAGCAAAGCCCACAUAUUUGUUGCCCUGGCAGCACGCACCAUUUCCCAGAAAAAGAAGAAGAAGAAGAAAAAACCAACGAGAGUGCCAGGAUUUAGGAGAGGGAGGCAGACUCCAGCAAAACUGAGCAUUGCUUCACAUGGCCUGCACUUUUCCUGGGUGUCCAAUGCUGGCCCUGGAGCUCUGGCAAAUGCCUGAUCUUGCUGUCUCACGUGAGCCUGAUGCAUCUUUUCUUCAAGAAUGUGGAGGGACACAUGGACUUUGCACUAAAAUGUGCUUCUUAAGUACCUUAAGAUUGAGAAGAAGAAGAAGGUUAUGGGAAAAGAAUAGCAGCAGCAGCAGCAGCAUUUCCUCUCCUGGAGCUGCUCAUCCUUUUUCCCAGAUCAGAAGUUCAACUUUCUUUUUAACGUAUGAGGGAUGGCACAAGUGCUUUUUCAGCUGGGUUCAUGUUAACAUCUGUAACGGUUGUAUUUCAGACUUGUGCCAUUUUUGUGACCCAGCAAAUGCAGGCCAUAUGGCAGAAACCGACAGUUCUUUGGGUCAGCAGCACAUUUGGAAUUUUGGUUCAAGUUCCCUUAAGAAUGAGCUGCCCUGGGCAGAUCACCUGUUCACAAAAUUACUGAGAUGAUCUCUUCCUUCGUGGGCCUGACGGUAUUGUAGCAAAUAAAUGCUGUGUUCGAAGCUGGCACCUUGCUUUGCAACAUGUCAGUUUCCUUUUUCUUUUUUUUUUUAAAGCACCCACCAAGAGUAGUGUCCAGGACAGGAGAUGUCUUAGGUACCACUUAGACUACCCCUGUUCCAAUUCAAAGAAUCUCAGGUAGCAGUGAUGGUUAAGGCUGUUCCCUAAAACCUUGGAGAAACACAGGGUAUAAAGGACUGGAUUAUGGACUGGCGCUUUCAUUUCUGCACUGUAUGUCUUGUGACAGUUGGAUAAUAUAUUUUUAAAUAAGCCUUAUCCACUACUUUGGCCUUAAUUUGGGAAUAAUAAAACCAGGAAUACUAGAAAGAAAUAUCUUACAUGGUUAAGAAUUACUUACAGAUGAAGUCCCUAUUCCUUGUAACUAGCUAUAGUGCUAAUCGAGGAUUUGUUGUCUGAAUGGGUGACAAAUAGACUGUGUGGCCAUAAAUUGGAACAGAAGAGACAAUGUGAACUCCCUCCUUUGCUUUCGCUGUUAAGUUUCCUUUCUGCAUUCUUUAUACAACAAAUCUUUCUGCCUGAUCCUCCAGGCAUUAGAGUGAUCAAUUUUCCAAAGAAUUCAAAGGGGAAGUGAGGAAUGUGGAAUAGAGCAUUUGAUUGUACAACAGAGCAACAGCUGUUCUUGGCAAAAAGUUGAUCUGCAUUUUGCUAUCCUUGAGGUCUGUUGUUGUAAACUGGUCCAGGGAAACUGUUUUUGAAGGGCAGCAUACGAAUAAAUAUAGAUAACUGUAUAUAGCUUUAUACUCCUUAUAUCCCCUGUAAAAUAAAGGAAGUUGCUUCUUACUUUGAAAAGAAUUUAUAUUCAGCUCAUCAAUUGCUUCAGAAAGAGGCCUUAAUACAUUUCAACAAUUUUUACAAAAACACUGCUGUUACUGAAAGGGUUAAGAUUUCUUUUGGUCAAAGUAUAAUACUUUUGGAUUUGGGGUAAAAUCUACUAGUCUCUGAAUGUAACUACAGGACUUGAGAAACUCUUCGUCCCCCCCACGGUUGUAGAACACUCUACAAGCCCAGUGAAGACUGAAUCUACUAAGGAACACAGGAAACAUUUUUUUCAAGAAUCUUACUUUACAGGGCUGCAGUAUUCCAGGCAGCCAGUAAAUAGCAAUAGAGCAACACAGAAAACUCUUAAAUCUUUGUUUCUUUCUAGAGGUCAUCCUGAUUUUUGCAGCCCAGAUCUCUGGUACCUCUUCAAGCAUUUUUUUGCCAACAGAAAUACCAAAAUAUUGUAUUAAUGUAUAAUGUAUAAAUUUGACCCUUACUACCCUGCUGUUGUAAAAUAUCAU